ACUUAAAAUAUUAUCUAUCAUAAAAUUCUUUUAUUUUCCGCAAGUAUUUUAAUUAUUACUUGUUUUAUCUAGUAUUUGUACCGAUUAUGAUGUGUUAUAUUAAAUUGUUAUCUAUAAUAGCUUUUUCGAAAACAAGGAAUGUAUCACAAACCAUUAAAAUCAGUGGUUAAGGUUAUAAGUGUAAAUAACGUAAAUACAGCCAGCAACGUUUUAUCAACAAGGAUGUCAUUGCAAGCUUACGACACGAUUAUCGUCGGCCUGGGCGCAGCGGGAGCGACGGCGGCGUCGACGCUGGCGCGUGCGGGGCGUAGAGUGCUGGCCCUAGAAGCUCAGGACAGAGUGGGGGGCAGGGUACAUACUGUACCCUUUGGAGAUGGGGUCGUUGAACUCGGAGCGGAAUGGUUGCACGGCACCCACCCUAAUCCGGUCUACGACGCCGCCAUCCAGCACAACAAGGCCAUAGUCCCUCAAGACCUGGACCACAUGGUCUUUCAAUCAGAUGGCGUAGUACCUGAUGAGGCAUUCCAGGAUCUGUUUAAUGAAUUAAUGGAGUACGCAUUCGCUGUGAUGGGGAAUUCUGUGGAGGAGUCGCAACCUGUCGGGAAGUAUACUACAGAAAAGCUCAUAGAUUACAUCAAAGCUGAAAAACCAGAAGUGUUAAAACAAAAAGAGUUUCUGGAUCAACUCCUUGACUUCAUGAACCAGCUGGCCAACAAUUACAACGCGUCUAAUGACUGGGACGAUAUAGACCAGAAGAACAACUUUGAAGAGAUAAAAGGUCAUCACCAUUUGAGUUGGCAUAGAUACGGGUACAAGACGUUCUUCGAUAUUUUACUGAACAAGGACGUCGGCUUCCCGACUCUGGACAUAAAAUUGAACACAGAAGUGACCCAGAUAGAAUGGCCGCUGGAUCCCAAGGGAAAAGUUAAAGUAACUUGCAAAAAUGGUGUCCUGUACACAGCAAACAAUGUGGUUGUUACUGUCUCGCUUGGUGUUUUGAAAGAGAGACACGCCAAAUUAUUCAAACCAUUACUGCCUGAGAAGAAAGUAACGGCAAUAGAAACCGUAGCAAUGGGCGUCAUGGACAAAAUCGACUUGGCUUUCGACGAAGUGUGGUGGCCUCUUGACGCUGUCUUCUUCGGUUUGCUUUGGAAAGAAGAGGACAGGAAGAAGGUUGCGAAGCAAGAUUACUGGACUACAAGGAUAUUCGCCGCUAGCCGGCCUAUGGGGUCGAGGAACGUGCUGACGCUCUGGACGAGUGGGGAGAUCGCUAAAUUGGUAGAAACGCUUCCUAUAGACGAGGUGAAGAGAAAAUGCUGGCAACUGUUACAAAGAUUCAUGGGUGCAGGCAAGACUGUACCAAAACCGAUUGCUGUAGAAAGAUCCACAUGGUACUCAAACCCGUUCACGCGCGGCAGCUACAGUUUUGACAGCAUACAAGCGUCCCACUACCCCACCGCGCGGGCCACCCUGGCCGCUCCACUGACAGACUCCACCGGGCGGCCGCGCGUGCUGUUCGCGGGUGAAGCCACCCACCCCACUCGCUUCUCCACCGUGGACGGUGCUUCUGACACAGGACGUAGGGAAGCUGAGAAGCUCCUGCUUGCUAGUAAAUUGUAAAAAGGGUCACUAUUUUUAACGCCAUUUCAAGAGAUAUUCAAUGUUUAUUUUAUUUAUCAUAGUGUAUAUUUGUCACCACUACUGUAAUAUUAAGAAAUAUUUGAAUUAAUUUAUAAAAGUUUAAGUGAUAAUGUUAUUUGAUUUAUUAU